CUGACUCAACUCUGGAGGGUCAACCGGAACCUGACUCAACUCUGGAAGGUCAAUUGGAACCUGACUCAACUCUGGAGGGUCAACUGGAACCUGACUCAACUCCAGAAAACCCUCUGUAGCUGUCAUCCUCUGCAGUGGCUCUGGGCUGGCGGCCGCCUUGUGCAGUGGCACUGGGUUGGUGGCCAUCUUGUACUGUGGUGCUGGCUCAGCUGACGUGACGUGAACAGUCUCUGGAUCGACAGACGUGACGUGAACACUCCUGGGAAUCUCUAGGAUCUUUGACAACAUGGACAAAUAAUCCAGAAACGUCUCAGCGGCCAUAUUGGGCAUUGUCGCUGAGCUGGCGGCCAUCUUGCACCGUGGCGCUGGGCUGGUGACCACUUUGUGCUGUGGUGCUGUGCUGGCGUCCUUCUUGCCUCGUGGCACUUUCAGGUACAAUAUCUAUAGCAGUAAGUAAAGCUUGAAAAUAUAGUAAUGGGUUCGGUAAAGGAGGCGCUAAGCGUCUCCGGAAAGUGUCACCGGAAAGUGCUGCGGGAUAACAUCCAGGGCAUCACCAAACCCACCAUCCGUCGUCUCGCUCGCCGCGGCGGGUUCAAGCGUAUCUCCGGUCUGAUCUACGAGGAGACCCGCGGUGUGCUGAAAGUGUUCCUAGAGAACGUGAUCCGCGAUGCCAUGACCUACACCGAGCACGCCAAGAGAAAGACCGUCACCGCCAUGGACGUCGUGUACGCGCUGAAACGACAGGGACGUACUCUGUAAGGCUUCGGAGGAUAAACGGGUCCGUGUUAGUAGAAAACCCCAAAGGCUCUUUUAAGAGCCACCCACAUCUUCAAAAAGAGUACAUUUGUUUAAAUUUUGCUAUUUAGGGAUGUUACAUGUACAUAAUCUUACCGUGUCAAAACCUUCGACUACAAAUCAAAUGGCUGAGCUUCAGCUAGCAAGCUAUAUAUCUUGCCACACAGCAGUUAGUUGAUCACUUGGGUGAAUUGGUAAAUGCUGCCUUUGAAAAGGACGUGAGCAUCCAUCGUACAAAAUGCACAGCACUUAUCAGCAAUGUCAUAGCCUCCUGCAUGUUUAAAGACUUGCUAAAAGAUAUUAGAGAGGCUCCGUAUUCACUUGUUGUAGUGCGUUACUACAGUGUCUCAUUAAACAAGAUUGUUUCAACAUUUUUGGGUUUAGUGGAUAUGCAGGGAGAGACGGCAGAAGCAAUCACGACAACACUGACACAGUUUCUUGACAGUAUCGGUCUGGAUUUCAAGAGAUGUGUGGGCAUCGGAACUGAUGGUUGUAGUGUCAUGGUUGGACGGAAAAACUCAGUUUAUACUCACCUUCUCAAAAAGAAUGAGAAACUACAACUACUUAAGUGCAUGUGUCAUUCAAUUAAACUUUGUGCCAGCAAAGCCGUUGAAACACUGCCUCGCAAUCUCGAGUUUUUAAUUUCACAUUCGCACAACUGGUUUUCUCACAGUGCACUGAGGCGCAGAGAAUAUGCCAAAAUUUACCAAUUAAUCAACCCCGGUGAAACGCCAUUGAUGCUAGUGCAGCUUUCAGGCACUAGAUGGCUCUCCAUAUAUGACUGCUGUGUCCCUGAGUAAAUGCAAUGGAAUGAGCUGAAGUUACAUUUCCAGC